AUGAUGCUGCCUCAAAACUCGUGGCAUGUUGAUUUUGGAAGAUGCUGCUGUCAUCAGAACCUUUUCUCUGCUGUGGUAACUUGCAUCCUGCUCCUGAAUUCCUGCUUUCUCAUCAGCAGUUUUAAUGGAACAGAUUUGGAGUUGAGGCUGGUCAACGGAGACGGUCCCUGUUCUGGGACAGUGGAGGUGAAAUUCCAGGGACAGUGGGGAACUGUGUGUGAUGACGGGUGGAACACUACUGCCUCAAUUGUCGUGUGCAAACAGCUUGGAUGUCCAUUUUCUUUCGCCAUGUUUCGUUUUGGACAAGCUGUGACUAGACAUGGAAAAAUUUGGCUUGAUGACGUUUCCUGUUAUGGAAAUGAGUCAGCUCUCUGGGAAUGUCAACACCGGGAAUGGGGAACCCAUAACUGUUAUCAUGGAGAAGAUGUUGGUGUGAACUGUUAUGGUAAGAGUCUAACUAGAGUAGGAAGGCAAGGUGAAGCCAAUCUGGGUUUGAGGCUAGUGGAUGGAAACAACUCCUGUUCAGGGAGAGUGGAGGUGAAAUUCCAAGAAAGGUGGGGGACUAUAUGUGAUGAUGGGUGGAACUUGAAUACUGCUGCCGUGGUGUGCAGGCAACUAGGAUGUCCAUCUUCUUUUAUUUCUUCUGGAGUUGUUAAUAGCCCUGCUGUAUUGAGCCCCAUUUGGCUGGAUGACAUUUCAUGCCAGGGGAAUGAGUUGGCACUCUGGAAUUGCAGACAUCGUGGAUGGGGAAAUCAUGACUGCAGUCACAAUGAGGAUGUCACAUUAACUUGUUAUGAUAGUAGUGAUCUUGAACUAAGGCUUGUAGGUGGAACUAACCGCUGUAUGGGGAGAGUAGAGCUGAAAAUCCAAGGAAGGUGGGGGACCGUAUGCCACCAUAAGUGGAACAAUGCUGCAGCCGAUGUCGUAUGCAAGCAGUUGGGAUGUGGAACUGCACUUCACUUCGCUGGCUUGCCUCAUUUGCAGUCAGGGUCUGAUGUUGUAUGGCUUGAUGGUGUCUCCUGCUCCGGUAAUGAAUCUUUUCUUUGGGACUGCAGACAUUCCGGAACCGUAAAUUUUGACUGUCUUCAUCAAAACGAUGUGUCUGUGAUCUGCUCAGAUGGAGCAGAUUUGGAACUGCGACUAGCAGAUGGAAGUGAUAAUUGUUCAGGGAGAGUAGAGGUGAGAAUCCAUGAACAGUGGUGGACAAUAUGUGACCAGAACUGGAAGAAUGAACAAGCCCUUGUGGUUUGUAAGCAGCUAGGAUGUCCAUUCAGCGUCUUUGGCAGUCGUCGUGCUAAACCUAGUAAUGAAGCUAGAGACAUUUGGAUAAACAGCAUAUCUUGCACUGGGAAUGAGUCAGCUCUCUGGGACUGCAUAUAUGAUGGAAAGGCAAAGCGAACAUGCUUCCGAAGAUCAGAUGCUGGAGUAAUUUGUUCUGAUAAGGCAGAUCUGGACCUAAGGCUUGUCGGGGCUGAUAGCCCCUGUUAUGGGAGAUUGGAGGUGAAAUACCAAGGAGAGUGGGGGACUGUGUGUCAUGACAGAUGGAGCACAAGGAAUGCAGCUGUUGUGUGUAAACAAUUGGGAUGUGGAAAGCCUAUGCAUGUGUUUGGUAUGACCUAUUUUAAAGAAGCAUCAGGACCUAUUUGGCUAGAUGACGUUUCUUGCGUUGGAAAUGAGUCAAAUAUCUGGGACUGUGAACACAGUGGAUGGGGAAAGCAUAAUUGUAUACACAGAGAGGAUGUGAUUGUAACCUGCUCAGGUAGUGAAACAUGGGGCCUGAGGCUGGUGGGCGGCAGCAACCGCUGCUCGGGAAGACUGGAGGUGUACUUUCAAGGACAGUGGGGCACAGUGUGUGAUGACGGCUGGAACAGUAAUGCUGCGGCUGUGGUGUGUAACCAGCUGGCUUGCCCAUCUUCUAUCAUUGGCAUGGGUCUGGGAAACGCUUCUACAGGAUAUGGAAAAAUUUGGCUCGAUGAUGUUUCCUGUGAUGGAGAUGAGUCAGAUCUCUGGUCAUGCAGGAACAGUGGGUGGGGAAAUAAUGACUGCAGUCACAGUGAAGAUGUUGGAGUGAUCUGUUCUGAUGCAUCGGAUAUGGAGCUGAGGCUUGUGGGUGGAAGCAGCAGGUGUGCUGGAAAAGUUGAGGUGAAAGUCCAGGGUGCCGUGGGGAUUCUGUGUGCUAACGGCUGGGGAAUGAACAUUGCUGAAGUUGUUUGCAGGCAACUUGAAUGUGGGUCUGCAAUCAGGGUCUCCAGAGAGCUUCACUUCACAGAACGAACAUUACACAUCUUAAUGUCGAACUCUGGCUGCACUGGAGGGGAAGCCUCUCUCUGGGAUUGUAUACGAUGGGAGUGGAAACAGACUGCAUGUCGUUUAAAUAUGGAAGCAAGUUUGAUCUGCUCAGCCCACAGGCAGCCCAGGCUGGUUGGAGCUGAUAUGCCCUGCUCUGGACGUGUUGAAGUGAAACAUGCAGACACAUGGCACUCUGUCUGUGAUUCUGAUUUCUCUCUUCAUGCUGCCAAUGUGCUGUGCAGAGAAUUAAAUUGUGGAGAUGCCAUAUCUCUUUCUGUGGGAGAUCACUUCGGAAAAGGGAAUGGUCUAACUUGGGCUGAAAAGUUCCAGUGUGAAGGGAGUGAAACUCACCUUGCAUUAUGCCCCACAGUUCAACAUCCGGAAGACACUUGUAUCCACAGCAGAGAAGCUGGAGUUGUCUGUUCCCGAUAUACAGAUGUCCGACUUGUGAAUGGCAAAUCCCAGUGUGACGGGCAAGUGGAGAUCAACGUGCUUGGACACUGGGGCUCACUGUGUGACACCCACUGGGACCCAGAAGAUGCCCAUGUUCUAUGCAGACAGCUCAGCUGUGGGGCUGCUCUCUCAACCACAGGAGGAAAAUAUAUUGGAGAAAGAAGUGGUCAUGUGUGGGGACACAGGUUUCAUUGCUUAGGGAAUGAGUCACUUUUGGAUAACUGUCAAAUGACAGUUCUUGGAGAACCUCCCUGUAUCCAUGGAAAUACUGUCUCUGUGAUCUGCACAGGAAGGCUGGCCCCGCUGCUGUUUCCAUGCCUCGCAAAUAUAUCUGACCCAUAUUGGUCUCUAGUUCCAGAGGGCAGUACUUUCAUCUGCUUAGAGGACAAACGGCUCCGCCUAGUGGAUGGGGACAGCCGCUGUGCCGGGAGAGUAGAGAUCUAUCACGACCGCUUCUGGGGCACCAUCUGUGAUGACGGCUGGGACCUGACCGAUGCCCACGUGGUGUGUCGAAAGCUGGGCUGUGGAGUGGCCCUCAAUGCCACGGUCUCUGCUCACUUUGGGGAGGGGUCAGGGCCCAUCUGGAUGGAUGACCUGAACUGCACAGGAACGGAGUCCCACUUGUCGCAGUGUCCUUCCCGUGGCUGGGGGCAGCACGACUGCAGGCACAAGGAGGACGCAGGGGUCAUCUGCUCAGAAUUCACAGCCUUGAGGCUCUACAGUGAAACUGAAACAGAGAGCUGUGCUGGGAGAUUGGAAGUCUUCUAUAAUGGGACUUGGGGCAGCGUCGGCAGGAGGAACUUCACCACAGCCAUAGCAGGGAUUGUGUGCAGGCAGCUGGGCUGUGGGGAGAAUGGAGUUGUCAGCCUCGCCCCAUUAUCUAAGACAGGCUCUGGUUUCAUGUGGGUGGAUGACAUUCAGUGUCCUAAAACGCAUAUCUCCAUAUGGCAGUGCCUGUCUGCCCCAUGGGAGCGAAGAAUCUCCAGCCCAGCAGAAGAGACCUGGAUCACAUGUGAAGAUAGAAUAAGAGUGCGUGGAGGAGACACCGAGUGCUCUGGGAGAGUGGAGAUCUGGCACGCAGGCUCCUGGGGCACAGUGUGUGAUGACUCCUGGGACCUGGCCGAGGCAGAAGUGGUAUGUCAGCAGCUGGGCUGUGGCUCUGCUCUGGCUGCCCUGAGGGAGGCUUCGUUUGGCCAAGGAACUGGAACCAUCUGGUUGGAUGAGAUGCAGUGCAAAGGAAAUGAGUCAUUUCUAUGGGACUGUCAUGCCAAACCCUGGGGACAAAGUGACUGUGGACACAAGGAAGAUGCUGGCGUGAGGUGCUCUGGACAGUCGCUGACAUCACUGAAUACCUCCUCAGGUCAUUCAGCACUUAUUUUAUCUAGUAUCUUUGGGCUCCUUCUCCUGGUUCUGUUUAUUCUAUUUCUCACGUGGUGCCAAGUUCAGAAACAAAAACAUCUGCCCCUCAGAGUUUCAACCAGAAGGAGGGGUUCUCUCGAGGAGAAUUUAUUCCAUGAGAUGGAGACCUGCCUCAAGAGAGAGGACCCACAUGGGACAAGAACCUCAGAUGACACCCCUAAACAUGGUUGUGAAGAUGCUGGCGAGACAUCGCUGUUGGGAGUUCUUCCUGCCUCUGAAGCCACAAAAUGACUUUAGACUUCCAGGGCUCACCAGAAUCGUGAUAUGUGGCCGAUGUUAAGCCCUCCCAACACAGCAACUUGAAAACUCACCAUGAAGAGCAGCAGUCAAAGGAACUAGGGAAAUCUACAGUGUGAUCAGUUUUUCUGCUGCAGGUAAGCAGAGAGCAUCCCUUUGCACUGAAUAGGCCACUGAGCUGCAUUACUGCUUAUUAAUUCCUCAUCAUUCCUGCCUCCUUUGAUGUUCUCCCUAAAUGACUAGAUUUGCGGGGCUAAGAACUUUAUUUCCCACAAUCCCUAGCAGGAAGAACCUGGGCUCGCUUCCACCAGAGAGACUUGUUCAUGGAAGAUACGGUUUCGCAAGGAUCUUUGCACUUGUCCUGAAAACUGCUAGCCUUGGUAUUACAGCAUGGUGACCUUUAGCAGUGGUUUCCUGGGGGUUUUAAAACUUCCUGAUGAGGGUUUUGUAAGCACAAUUAUUUCCUGUAGUAAACCACUUCCUGCUUAAAAUACCUAGGUGUCUCUUUGUUUGUUGUCUGAUUUUUAGAGCUCUUGGUCUCCCUGAAUUUGUUUAACACUGGAAAGAAUUACAUUUUGGUGAAUGGAACAAUAGAGCCUUAAGAGUUGCAUUCUCUCAUUCCAAAUAGUGAAACAUGAAGAAUGAAACAACAUUGGCAAGAAAUGUAUUGGGCAGACAGAGAAAAAAAGAGUAAAAGAAAUUAUACUCAGUAAGAAGUAACCCAAGACUUAAGAAACAAGCAGUAAUAGGAAAGACACACACAAGCCAAAAGAUAAAGCAAGUAGGAAAAAUGAUUUUAAAAUGUUUUAGAGAAUCAGAGUAAUAAAAAGAAUCAAUACAAAUUAAUAAAAAAACAUAGAAAAGGGGAGAAAUAAAAAAUAAAAUGUAAUAAAAAAGAAUAAAUGUGGCCCCUGGGAAUUUUGGGGGCAUCUACAAAAAUAAAAGAUGAUGAUGAUCUAUAAUCACACAAAGUAAUACACACCCCAAGGAAACCCAUGCAGACACAAGAGACUAACAUCCCAUGGCUAUAUUGAAUAUCUUCUUAAUAUACAUACAGUUUUACAAAUAUCAGAGUAAAUUGGUCAUAUGGUUUGGAUAUUUGUUCCACCCAAAUCUUAUGUUAAAAUGUAGGCCCCAAAGUUG